UAAGCAUAAUCUCUCUCUACUUGAUUUGCCAACCAAUUGGAAAAAAUUCUCUUUCUCCUUUUCCCUGUAAAAAGAUCUGUAACCCUAAUUUCAUUUCAUUUCAUUGAAUCCCACCACAAUUCUCCCGCAUUUCUGCAGCUAAAGGAAUUAGAAAUGGCUGAUGAAACAGUGAUCAACGGAGAUUUUUCUAAUGACCGGGCGGUGGAAAUUACCGGUGAAGAAGAAGCUUCGUCGAAAAUUUCAGUCCUCACCCAGAAGAUCACCGAUCUAGAGCUCGAAAACAAAAAGAACAUUCAACAAAAUGAGGGUUAUAAGCAGGAAAUCGAAGAAUUGAAGGCAUCCGUCCGAGAAUUGAGCGGUGCGAAUGUGGAGUGGAAGAACAAGUUCGAGAAAGCAGAGUCAGAAAUCAAGACCUUGGGUUCGGUGGCGGCCCGAGCUGCAGAACUCGAAAUUGAUGUGUCGAGGCUUCAUCACGAUUUGGUAUCUGCAGUGAGUGAUUUACAGGAAAAUACAGUUGAAGUGUCGAACUUGAAGAAGGAAUUGGAGGGAGCAAAAGAGAGGGAGAAGGACAAGGAUGUUAAGUUGGAGGUUAUUGGUAAGGAGAGAGAUUUGUUAUUGGCCAAGGUUGAGAAACUCGAGGGAUUCGAAACGAGUUUGAGGGAUGAAUCUGACGUCAAGGAAAAGGAGAUUCGGGGUUUGAAGAAGAAGAUUGAGGAGUUGGCUGGGAUUGUUGAUAUUUGCAAGAAUUUGGAGAAAGUGAGACAAGCGUUGGAGAGUUCGAUUGUGAAAAUGAAGGGGGAAAUCACUAUUCUAGAGAAUAGUUUGAAGGAGAAAAAUAAUGUGAUUAGGGUGUUCGAAACGAAGGCAAGAGAAGUUGAUGAAAUAGUCAAUCGAGACCUUGGUUUAAAUAAUGGGGGUGAAAAGAAGAAGGGGUUAAUAAUUGGGGGUUUGAAGCAAAAGGAUUGGGUUCUCGUCGGUGGUUCAACCUUUGCUGCUGUUGCUGUGAUGGGGGUUGCUUGCUACGUACACGCUGCUGCUAAAAAGCACUAAUUGGCGACGAGGUUAGAUGGACUUAUUUUCCGAUGAAAUGAUUUAAAAAAGAGAGUUUAAAUUUUGAUAGGUGGUGUUUUUUGGAUUUGUGUUAUGUUUUUUAUGGAGUUUGGGAAUCAGUUUCUUUAAAUUUGGUUGUGGAAUAAUGCUUGGGAACUUACUCCAUAUUUAGAGCAUUGUCACUUUAACUAUAUUUUGGAUCAAGUUUUGAGUUAUUAUUUGUAACUUGAGAGAUUCAUCAUGUUUACAACAGUAUGUUUGAUUAUGAGUAGUCUGCACUCUGUUUACUGGAACAACAGCUUUUGGAUGA